GAUACGUAAAAUGUCAAAUACAAAAAAAUAAAAAACAGAAUAAAAAAAUAAAGAGAAGAGUUUGUAGAGCUAAUUCUGCUAAAUACGUUAUUAGGAGAAUUUUCAAAAGUUGAUAUAAGACGAAUAUGUUUAUAACUUUGAUUUCGCGGAGAAAAGUCAAAAAGAGCAACUUCCUAACCUCAAAAUGUUGCUCUUUUUUUAUCCUUUUAACUCAUCGCAAUUGAAGGGAGACAGUAGAUGCAAUAAGUGUCGUGUUGAGAAAAUGAAGAUGUGUAUUUCGUGAUUGUGAAUGUAUCAAGAACGAACGUUUGCGAGAGAGUGUCAAGUGAUGGGUUUUGAGUUUCGAAAGACGAGGACAUUCUUGAAACAAACUCAGCAGAUGCUUCGGCCGAACGUGCCCUGAAUUAAUCAUAAAGGGAAAAUGUUCUUCUAUGGAUUCAGAUGGUAAUCAACAAGUCAAACAAAGUGCAAAUAAGAAUAUUUUUACUAUGACAAAACAACAGAAAAAUGCCCAGCACCUCAAAUACAUUAGUCUCGUCACGCUCACAGUUCAAAAUGCCCUCGUCGGUCUCAGUAUGCGAUACGCUCGCACCAGAUCGGGGGAUAUGUUUUUAUCAUCGACAGCGGUAGUAAUGUCAGAAGUGGUGAAACUCCUCACCUGUUUAUGUCUCGUUUUCAUCGAGGAAGGCAACUUUCCAAAAUUUAUUCACACUCUGAAUACAACAAUUAUUAAACAACCAUUGGACACUUUAAAAGUCUGCGUGCCAUCGUUAGUCUACAUAAUUCAGAACAAUCUUUUAUACGUAUCAGCUUCAAAUUUAGACGCAGCUACUUAUCAGGUGGGAAAUUAUCUUAUAACUUGGUUGCUGAAUAAUUAUCGAAAUAAUUUUCUCUUUGACGGGAAAUCUAUAGACGCGAAUUUCAUUUCGGAGGAACGACCUAUGAAUAUUUAA